AUGUGGACGCGACCUACGAUCGCGCGAUCGUUGCAAGCACCUGGUGGAACUUGCUCGAAGUAGAUUAAAAAAAAUCUUAAAAGGCGACCGCAGUAUUAAACCGUGUGUACGUGUUGAUAAUUUUAGUGGAUAAUUGUGGUAGGAUGGAAAAAUUAAACAUAGAAAUUUUUAUACAACUAAAAUCGUGCUGCAAUAGACUGAUAGAAAAUCCAAGUAAAGAAUAUGCAAGUAAAGUUGCAAAAGUAGUAAGUGACAUUCCAAAUGAAAUCGUGCAAGACUUGUCAUAUUAUUGUUUAUUUCCCAUUGUCACUUUAUUACAAAAUAAUAAAGUAAGCAUAACUGUAAGAGAGGAACUAGUGAGAACUAUGAGAGUUAUACUAGAAAAAAUUAGAAUUACAAAUCUGAAGCAGUUUUUUCAGAUUUACGGAUCUCUUCUGAUUCAAAUUUAUGACAAGAGUCAGACAAAUCAAGUAAUUAUAGCUCACGAAGAACUCAAGGAAGAAGUUUGUUUAUGCAUUAAAUAUCUUGUUCAUCAAAGUUAUACUGAUUUAAUAGAACAACUGUAUACCAAAGAAAAUAUAUUGAAGCUCGGUCAAGCAAUAUUGUUUUGCUUGACAAUGGCAAGAACUGAAAAAUCAUCUACUGUGAGACUAGCAGCAAUAGAUGCGAUAAUGGCUCUGUGUCAAAUAGAUGACCAAAUAGACAAAUUGGAUGUUGUCAUGCAGGAACAGGUAGCAGACACUGUCAUGGCUUUUUUGCCGGGUAUUGUUAGUGGAUUACAGGAAAUAGCAAUUGGGGGAAGUGAUAUUCAAAAUCAUAAAAUUACAAUGAUGGCGCUUCGAGCAUGGGGAAGAGUUAUAUCACUUGUGAUGUGUGAUAAAGUAGAAGAAAAGGAAGACUCUGUAUUAUCCGUAGAAGCAUUUGUGAAAAAGUGCCGCAAUUUGCCCACAGACACUUUACACACUUUGAAUAAUGAAAAAUGUGAUAUCAAACAUAAUUUACAAGGAGCCACGAGGAAUAAUGAGUGGUUUAAAGCAGUGGCUGUUAAACUCGGUAUUUGCAUAGACAUGUUGGGCAAGGUCAAAAGUCAUUCGCAUCACAAAGUUCGGAGAGAACUGGUUGAAAGUAUCGGUCUUAUACUUAAAACUUGUCCGAGAAAUAUGAAGCCGAAUGUUACGACAUUAAUAGAUCAUUUGAUAUCUUUGUCCGAGGAUGAAUCUGCAGAAGUUAGGGAAACAGCGAGCAACGUUCUGCGUAUUGUAAAUGAAAAUUUGUUGCAAAAUUACGAUAUGAGAUCGUUAAUUGAUUCGUUGGAAGAUAAAUUUUAUGACUUUCUCACAAGGUUUCCCACUCUCAUUAGACGAUCAGACGACAGUGAACAAUUAGCUUUCUUGAAUCAGUUUGCUGGUUACCUGAGAUUGCUUGGCAAGCAAAGAUUGCCUCAUAUCAUGAGGUCACAGGCUCAUACACGAAGAUUGCUCUUAGCCAUUGUGUAUGUUAUGACAAUAGAUUCGAGCAACGUGUCCCUUUUACAAACGACGAACGUGAAAGAUCUGGACGAUCCGGCGUAUUUUUACGGCUCGGACUCAUGGAGACAGUUCAAGUUCAUCAGAAACAGUUUGUGUAAAGAGAAACUCGUCGCGACAUGCAAGUUGCUCGGACAAUUAGGAGACUUUAGGAUACUGGUGGAUAUUAUUCUCGAACUUUUGUUGGACGCGUCACAACAUACGAAAGAAUUAAUUUUGUUACUUAACUGGAUUUUUGUUUUUAUUGUUCCAGAUUCUGACGAAGAUAAAUCUGUCUCGUAUUUAUACAAGGAAAUCGUAGACUAUUAUAUAACGGAGGAAGUGUGGUAUUCGCCAAUAGAAGUGACCGAAAACACAUCCUUGACACAGGCACAAAGUAACAUCGUGAAGUGUUGCCUUUUGACGGAAGGACUGGGUCGCAUAGCGGAAAUAUUGCAAUGUGACUACGAUAGAUAUCUUUUGAAAACUUUGUAUUUGAUUUUAGAACGAACAGGUAGCGGAAACGGUUUGAUUAGUUAUAUCGGGGUGCGCACCCUCGAAAAUAUCGCGAAGGCGCAGCGGUACAAAACGAUCGGCGAUCUGUUGCGCGCGAACAUCGAUUAUUUUUCUUACCACAUCGUAAUGAAGUUACGCCGAAUACGCGAUAAUCCGAACGUGCUUGACGUUGUGAGAGUCGUUAUCAUGUACAGCAAAUUGGACUUUUUGCCGUAUUUGAAGGGAAUCGUAGAGGAUGUGCUCAAUCAACUGAGUGUGAUUCCUUGUCAACAAAAAGACACUUACUCGUUCUUAAGAAUAUUUCAUACAUUUGUUGUGUGUAUAAAAAUGUUAGCGAGACCCGAGGAUACCAAAGCGACGAAGAAAGAAGAUGUAACCGCCAAUAAUCCUUCUGAAGCAAUUGUUCAUUCUUUGUUAGAAUUUUACGCAAAGAAAACCCGCGAGAAGAUGGAGAACGAUUACGAAGACACAGAAACAAACGCAGAUGUAUCGAAUAUCGAGAUAUCAGAAGAGGAGACAAAAAAAGAAACGGAAGGAGAUUUUUUCAUUCCUGAUGCAGAAGACACGAAAGAUAAGAAAUUACCAACCCAGGUAAAGAUAAUAGUCGAAAUAUUGAAGUCUUGUUUGAACUUUGUACCUCUGAAGGAUGUGCAAAAGUCAUUGUUGGCGAUGGGAACGCUUCAAGAAGGUCUACCGAUGCUGAUCGAGUGGGAAGAUGAGCUGUUGCCUCUGGUGCAUCAACUGUGGCAUCCGCUGGUCGAUAGGUUCAAAGACGAAAACGUUCUUGUAAUCCAUCGCGCGUGGCAACUUCUGCACGUACUCGCCGACGUAUCGAACGACUUUAUCCGAAGUAGAACUCUAAAACAGGUAUGGCCACCGAUAUCGAAGUUCCUGAAGGAAUCUUCUAAGAAGAGUCUAAACAAACGUUCCACAGAUGUAUACAAAUUCACACAAACGUAUAAAUUGCAAUACGAGUUGCUGUCCACAUUGGGAGUAAUCGCGCGACUCUUGAAACUUUACGAGCGAGAUCUGUGGGAGAUAUUGAAUAUUACACAUUUCUAUCUUAAUGCACGUCAAAACGUUAAGUUACAGGCAUGCUGUGUAAAAUUAUACAAAGAUAUUGCCGAUUAUCACGGAGACAUUGUAUGGGUGAAAUGUCUCAGCAUCUGGAGUUCUAAAGUCGCACCAAUACCAACCGACAUAACGUUUGACAUAAAAACUCUACUGAACACAAAUGUUCAAUCGAACGAAUAUUGCAGAAACGUUAAGGAAAUCAUCAAAUACAUCCAAGAAAAAGACUCGCACUGUUAAAUAAACGUGUUCUAAACAUCGUAGCUAAUUUCUA